AUGGCGUCGCUACACAUCGGCAGCUGGAGCGGUUUGCCCAUGCGCUCCUCCGACGAUGCCUUGCGCAAGAAGCGCGAGGCACGUGACAAGGCUUUGGUGGCGGAGGUCGCUGCCUUGGAUGAGAGGCCCAAGAGUCGAGAGACGCUGAUCAGGUGGAACCUGCAUCCCGCCGGUCGCGUGUUGCCAGCCCCUUGGGCGCUGCUUCACCGCAACGCCACGGCGGAUUUGGAGGUGACCAAUGUGCAGCGCACGGAUCUGGACGAUCCGGAGAGAGUGGAGGUCAGCCCCAAGAUGUGGGACCGCGAGAUGCUGCAGCUCUGCAGCGCCACGCAGCGCGCCGCGCUGUGCGGCUCGCUGCGCGAUGGCGGACGCGCCAAGGACCUGGUGGAGCCCUACGUGCCGCUGCGGCCGCCACGUGCGCUGGAGAAGCCGCCCGUUAUUCGGUAUCAUCAUCAGCUUCCCUCGCCCGCACGCGACCGCGGCUCGGGUUUCCAUCCGGAGAACCAUCGUGGCACGGUGCGCUUCAACCUGCAACUGGACGGAAGGAGGCCAUUUCUGCCAUCGGCGCAGGGGAAGGUGUUCCGGGAGCCAACAUUUCUGCCCAGGGGCGAAGAUUUGGCCCAUUGGGACAAGGAACGCAUCAUUGCCCCGGAGCGCGCCUAUCGCGCCAGCGAGCGCGGCAGCUCCAAGUUCUACGACGAACGACGGAAGCAGCUGCCCGCGUGGAAACCCGCAGGCAGCAAGGUGCUAAGACACGGCGACCUCUCUCGGGUGGGUGCCAAUUUAAUGAGGGGCGCCGGCAUGCCGCGGUGA